AGAUGGUGCAUGCUGGAGGGCGUCCCCUCGCAUCACUGACCAACGACAAUUUCGAGCGCCUGGAAUGAGUUGACAACAGCUCGCAUCGUUACUACUGGAAAUGCAAACAUUGCGGCGACACAUGGAAAAGACAGGCAACUCUGGCGAGUUGACACAUUUGAAAGACUCGGCAAAAUUCGUGCAAACCUUCGACACCACAGCGCCAGGUUGGCAUUGCUGUCGAGACUGCACAGAUCUUGAAGCAUCCUUCUUCGCAUGGGCACCUCUGCUCUCGACUGAGGCUCGCGAUGCAGAUGACCUUCUUACUGGUCCAGAGAGUAUCUCGCCUGACGACAUUGCCGCUGAAUUUGCAGCUCUCGAAGAGUUGAAAAGGACUAAAAAAGUUCAGAGCAUUAACGAAGUUGAAGUGCUCGAGGGAAAUGCUUUUGAUUUUGACGGGUUGGAUCGGGUCGAACAAGGAAUAAUAUCACAGACUGUUCUAGAUGAGAUUAAGGUGGUUAAUUACAAUGACGAGGGUGACGGCUGGGACGAGGCAACAUUUGAUGUCAUCAUUAGGAAUGUUGUACACAUACCGUAUAAGUAG